AUGGGAUGCGGACCUGUGCGUAUGAUUUCUGGGUUCCUUGUCGCCGAAGUCCCGUCCAGGAACCUGUGGACGAGUUUGCUGACGCGCCAUUCAACACGGGCGGCCCUUGCCUUCCCUCCCGCGCCAAAUUUGUUUGUCUACAGUCGAAGCAGGACCGUGAGGGUCAGCUGCGUAAUCAGCAGAUUGAAGAGGAAUUGAGGAGGGAGCGGCAAGCCCAGAAGAAUGAGAUCAGUAAGUGCUUCGGGGAAACGCAUGGGAUGCUCUUUGAUGUUCGCCGAACAAUGCGCUGGUCGCUGGCCAGGUCUCACGGUGCUAGCUAGCGCUACCUGAGGCUGUGGACCGCUCUGACUUCGCAAGAUGGGACGCGACUCGGAUCUCGGCGUUGGUAAGGCUCUUGCGAAGGAGCUCUGACUGAUUCCGCCUCGUGUCACCUUGCCUAGAAAUGUUGCUGCUGGGAGCUGGAGAGUCUGGGAAAUCGACGAUUUUGAAGCAAAUGAAACUCAUGUGAGUGCGGCUGCUGGAUCUGCUGUAGAGUCUUCGCUGACCAUUUCGUUGAUGUGUGUACCAUCAGCAAUCAUGGAAGCUACUCGAGAGACGAAAGGGACGCAUACAAAGAGAUCAUCUUUAGCAAUCUGCUGCAGUCCAUGCGAGUCAUUCUCGAUGCUAUGGAAAACUUGGACAUCCCCCUAGCAGAGGGAAACAAUGCGAAGCGAGCCGAGAUCAUCCUUAGCUUGCCUGCCCAAAUCGACGCAGACAGCCUUCCGAACCAUGUGGCGGAUGCUGUAUUUGGCCUCUGGCGAGACCCCGGAGUGCAGGCGUGCUUCCAACGUUCUCGCGAGUACCAGUUGAAUGAUUCAGCUCAAUAGUGAGUGCUGCUUCAGUCAGGAAGACCACCUCCGCAGUCGGCAAAGUGUUACGAGAGCUGACUGUGAUGUUGGUAAACAGCUACUUUGACUCCGUGGAAAGGAUGGCUCAGCCGAACUACUUGCCCACAGAUCAAGACGUGUUGAGGUCGCGUGUCAAGACUACCGGCAUCACGGAAACCCACUUCCAGAUCGGCGAGCUGAACUACAAACUCUUUGAUGUCGGAGGUCAGAGGUCAGAGCGUAAGAAGUGGAUUCACUGCUUCGAGAACGUCACCGCCAUUAUUUUCUUGGUUGCCAUCUCGGAGUACGACCAGCUGCUGUAUGAAGACCAAAACGUGGUAAGUGGCACCCCCGAGUCGGUCUGGAAGGGUGUGGUUGCUAAAGCUAACGACGUGCCACCCUUUCAUCUACGCCCCCUGAAAGAAUCGCAUGCAAGAAGCUUUGACACUUUUCGACAGCAUCUGCAACUCGAGGUGGUUCGUGCGGACGAGCAUCAUCCUCUUCUUGAACAAGAUCGACUUGUUCCAGCAAAAGCUUCCCAUAUCGCCAAUGUCCGACUACUUCUCCGACUAUACCGGUGGGUCUGACUACAAGGCAGCAUGCGAGUACAUCUUGAAUCGCUUCGUCAGCCUCAACCAAAGCGAAGCCAAGACUGUCUACUCCCACUUCACUUGCGCUACGGACACCAACCAGAUCAAAUUCGUCCUGAGCGCAGUCAACGACAUUAUCAUUCAAGUCAACCUGAGAUCCUGCGGCCUCUUGUAG